CAACACUAACGGUAACAUUUUCACACAUUUUCUAUAUGCCAUAUUUCAAAAUUAUGUCACGUUAUUGCACUAUGCAUUUAGUUUUCCGUUUAUUGGUUUGCGCCUUUCACCAAGUAAAAUGCAUUGUGUGACUGUCAGCAGCAGAUGGCAGUGUCGAGCUAAAGGACUCGGCGGAUGUUGUGGAGACUCCUCUGUCCCUCUUCCGGUCGCGAGCUCACAUUCCAGCUGACAGCAAUCAGCUGACAGUUGUGUGAUGCUAGCAUGUUAGCUUCUAAGCUAGCGAGUCGAUACCGCGCUGAUUUAGUGUUUAUCGAAACCGCUGCAUUUGCUCUCGACCAGUUGUAUUUCUGUUUGACCUGCAAAUCGAUUAUGUGAUGAAAGCCAACGGCUUGAUUAGAAACUAGCGGACGCUGUCUUAUUACAGGGGGGUUGUAGCCGAAGCGCGAGCGACCACCGGCGGCUAGAUCACCAACGGGCGUCUUCAUGGAGAGCUUGACGCGUCGGCUCAGCUUAAGGAGACUUCGUCAUGUGAACACACUGUAGGCCGGCGGCUCGGGCGGAGCUCAGUGGUCAUUACAUGGCCAACACUGAGCAGGGCAAUGGACUUGCCCCGCGGGGCAGCAAAGAGAAAGGAUCCGACCCGGAGAUGAACGGCGGUGUCCCCGGGGAGAAACCUGUGGACAAGUACGGCUUCACGGGAGGGGCCCAGCAGCACUGCGGGGAGUCUGCUGAAGAAAUCCCCAUUGAGGUGCUGAGGCAACGCGAGGCAAAAUGGCUGGAGAUGCUCAACAGCUGGGACAAGUGGAUGGCCAAAAAACACAAGAAGAUGAAGGAGCGCUGUCAGAAGGGGGUCCCUCCAUCGCUGCGUGGCCGCGUCUGGCUCUACCUCACUGGGGCCAAAGUGAGACGGGAGCAAAACCAGGGCAAAUUCCAGGAACUGGACAAUCAGCCAGGAGAUCCUAAAUGGGUAGAUGUUAUUGAGAGGGACCUCCAUCGACAGUUCCCCUUCCAUGAAAUGUUUGCAGCGAGAGGAGGUCAUGGGCAGCAAGACCUGUUCCGCGUGUUGAAGGCUUAUACUCUGCAUCGCCCUGAAGAGGGUUACUGUCAGGCUCAGGCUCCCAUCGCUGCUGUACUCCUCAUGCAUAUGCCAGCAGAGGAUGCAUUCUGGGUUCUUGUCCAGAUUUGUGAGAAAUACCUUCCUGGAUACUACAGUGCAGGGCUGGAGGCGAUCCAGCUGGACGGGGAGAUCCUGAACGCCCUGCUGCGGCGGGUGUCUCCUGUGGCCCACCGGCACCUGAAGAAGCACAAGCUGGAGCCCAUCCUGUACAUGACCGAGUGGUUCAUGUGCGCCUUCUCUCGAACUCUGCCGUGGGCCUCGGUGCUUCGGGUCUGGGACAUGUUCCUUUGUGAGGGAGUCAAAAUCAUUUUUCGAGUGGGCCUGGUCCUCCUGAAGUCCAUGUUGGGAUCCCAAGAGAAACUGAAGGCCUGUCAAGGCCUCUAUGAAACGAUGGAGCUGCUCCGAGCGAUACAGCCACAGUAUAUGAAGGAAGCCUUCCUGGUGCAGGAGAUAAUUGAGUUAAUGGUGUCUGAGAAAGACAUAGAAAAGGAGCACCAUGCUCAGCUCCGGCGCUGGAAUGAGACGCACGGCGAUCUACACUGCAAGUCCCCUCCCAGGAUCCACGGCGCCAAGGCCAUCAUGGCUGCCGAGCCGCCCGGUCGGCAGGACCUGAGACAGAGGCCCGCCAUCAUUGUGAAGUCUCCCUUGGCACCCCAGACAGACGGGGGGAGAGCCGAGGCCGCCAAGGAGAACGGAAAGACGAAAGCGAAACGAGAGAAAACGAUCGCACCUCUGCCGGAGAUUGCUAAUCCGUACUCUCCUCCCAGUGACGCCUCGCCGAUCCUCAAUCACAUGACUGUAAAAGCGUCCCAAGAGAGUCUGAGCAGCACAGAGCACGACACGUACCUGUAGCGGGGUGAGUCGCCAGUUUACGAACGUAAAGCAUUCUCCACAGCAUUUACUAACUCACUCAUCAGUUCUCUAUCAAAUUGCUGCCGCCGCAGUGAAAGAUGAACCGUUCCAUGAUCGACUGACUGUCUGUUGUGACUGUGACACGUUUUUAGAAAAAAAGGCUAUUUUUGCAAUUAAGAAAAAAGAAAUCGCAAAACUGUCAUUGCUCAGAUUACUUGGCCGUCUCUGUAACACUCAACCUGUGUUUGGGUGUGAUUUCAUGUAUACAGGUUUUCUAUUGACUCUGCUUUUGGCUACAGUCGUAGACAUUGAGCAUUAAAGUAUAUGGACCUCCAAAAUGACUGAACAUGUGGGCAUUCACACGUACUAACUCACUGUUAACAGCUACUGCUGCUAAUAACCUCUUGAAAUUGGCCUCCUAGAUUCUUUCCUUUUGUUUUAAAUGAAGUCUGAUUUUGUCUCGUUGGAUGACGUCUGCUCUAGAGCACUUUACCUUUUAUAGUCUUCCUCUUUGGUCGAUUUGUAUUUGUCCUGCUUUGAGACGCACAGUGUAUCCGUCGGUCUCUAGACUGCAUGUUCUGCUGUUUGUGUUUUGGUGUUGACCACUAGAGGACCCUCUGGGAUCAUCUCUCAGCCUGCAGCCACACAUGAAGGGAGAAGUGUGAAGGGACUUUUGUACCACGAAGCCAAAGAUUUGUAAUGCAUAUUUUUACAAUAUAUUUUGUCCAAGCUGUUUGUGAUAUCAUAUUGUGAUCCAGUCCAGGAUUUUGAGAGGAUGAGGUUCAUGUUUAUGUUGUGAAUGAGAAAUGAUAAAAUGCCAUUUUGAAGAACGCUAAUACUAAGCUUCUUUUUUUUUUUUUUACAAUCAUGCCUCAAGGUUUGUGGGUCCUUAGACUUCAAGAUAUCUAAUGUUGAUAUAUAAUACAAAGAAAGCAUUUGGACCGGUCCAAACACUUAAUAUGCUUUUUACAUUUUAAACCAGGAAGUCUCACUGAAAUGUGCUGCAGAGCCCGGUGCGGACAAAACCGCUUCAUACAAAAGUUAAAAUCCCCAAACUACAAACUAAUUAUAAAGUACAAUUGUUAUCUUUAUCAGUUGUUUUCUACUGACAGUCUCUUUGCUACUUGAAAUUGAUUACAUUAUUUUACUACAUUUUUGUGUAGACAAUAAACUAUGAAAAUCCAAAGAAAUGUGAGCGACAGAAGAUAAAGUCAAGGUAUAAUAUCCAAAUGUAUGGGUUGAUACUAAUUGUAUCUGAGAUUACUGAAUUAAGAAAUAGUUUUUAAAACUUGAAUUCAGGAGUUCAACAUGUCCCCCCAGUCCAGCUAGUUCCUUUAUUGGCAGUUAACUGUGUAACUCUGAUUAUUUGCUGUAAAGGUUUUCAUUAUGUCAAAUCUUUGCGGUUAUAUGUUGAUUUUGAACGCUGUGGAGAUUUUUUUGAAGUAUAUGCUGCAGGUUUUCUUUCUGUCUUUUAGGAACGACUGUUUACCUCCCAUGUCUGCUGAAGCUUUUAGUAUUUAGAUGCAAGAUGUUGAACAUUGAACAACAGGCAGGAGCUUUCUAGACGGUCAGAGAUGGAGCCGCUGAGCUUCAUCCAGGGAUUCAAAUCAUUCUGGAUAUAUAUAUAUAUAUAUACUGUAUGUUUCUUUACAAACAUUCUGUUUCAGUGUCCAGCAAAAUAUAUAUAUCAGGGAUGUUGAGUUCCUUUUUCCUAAUUAUUGCAACUGUAAAGUUUAAACAUCUUCACAUUUUAAAUGUGCAACAUAUUCUGCGAUUUUCAUCGGGUAUAUAUAUACAUAUAGGAUCUGUUUGCUUUUUUGAUUUUGGAUAAUCUUUUCAUAUCAAGCUGUUUUAUGCCAAAUUACAUUUAAAUCAAUAAAAGUGUAAACUCUUA